GGUGUUUCAAGAAAUUUCGUAACAGUAGUUGAAGAAAAUCUCAACUGAUUCUCUCAUUCAACGGGAAAGAAAAAACUACAAUUCCUCUCUUAUUUACUUUCCACCUCUCCAUCUCCACUCUGUUUUUCUCUAUGCCAAACUAGCAGUAAGUACGUAGUACAAAAUAUUCCUUCCAGAUAUGGCGCCGCCGCCGGCAGAUCGUUCUUCUUCAUCUCCGCCGCCACCUCCUUCACCUGCCUCCUCCUUGCCGCCGCCGCCGGCGUCAUCUCCCCUCAAGAAGAAAGGAGGCUGGACAGCCAUUAAGUUCCUCUUAGGAAAUGAGUCGUUCGAGAAGUUGGCGUCGAUGAGCUUGAUCGCGAACAUGACGCUGUACCUGCAGAGCCAGUACAACAUGGGAGCGGUGUUCAACGUCACCGUCACCACCGUUUGGGCCGGCUCCUCCAACGUCGCUUCCCUGGCCGGCGCUUUCCUCGCCGAUGCCUAUUUCGGCAAAUUCCGCACCCUUCUCUACGGCAGUAUUUCCUCUUUUCUGGGCAUGGGGGUAAUGACACUAAUCGCCGCCGUCCCCCCACUCCGGCCGCCGCCGUGCACGAAAUCCUCCCCGGACUGCCAGGAAGCCGAAGGAUGGCAGCUGUGCGUCCUCUUCGCAGCGCUGACCCUCCUCGCCGUCGGCGCCGGCGGGAUCAGACCUUGCAACAUCGCAUUCGGGGCCGAUCAAUUCGACACCAGGACGCCCAAAGGAAGGUCCCAACUGGAAUGCUUCUUCAACUGGUGGUACUUCUGCUUCUCCGUCUCCCUCGCCGUCGCGCUUACCGCCGUCGUCUACAUCCAGACCGAAGUCAGCUGGGUCGUCGGUUUCGCCAUCCCCACCGCCUGCCUCAUCCUCUCCAUCUCCCUCUUCCUCAUCGGCCACAAAACCUACAUCCUCAAGUCCCCUCAGGGCAGCCCCUUCUCCGACAUGGUCCGUGUCGUCACCGCCGCGUUCAAGAAACGGAAGAUCGACACCCGACCAGACUCCCAUAUCCAAUUCCAUGACCCACCCGUAAACAACAACGACGAAGAAACAGGGAAAAAAACAGGGGAAGAAACAGAGGAAAAAACAGGGGAAUACUCUGUUUCUUCCAACAAUUCCAAGCUGUUACGAACGACAAGAAUGAAAUGCCUGGACAAGGCGGCGAUAAUCUUCGAUCCCUCCGAAAUCGACGAACAGGGGAAGGCGAAGAAUCCAUGGAGAUUGUGCACUGUGCAGCAGGUGGAAGGAUUGAAGCGAUUGGCGGCGACGUUUCCAGUAUGGGUGUCGGGAAUCCUCUGCUUCAUGCCGAUGGAGCAGCAGUCGGCGUUCGGAGUCCUGCAAGCGAUUCAAAUCGACCGGUCCAUCGGAAAAACCUUCCGGGUUCCACCGGGAUGGAUGGGGCUAACAUCGAUGGUGACUCUGGCGACGUGGAUUUUAACUUACGAGAAACUGCUUAUGCCUCUGGCGAGUAGAAUAACAGGGGAGAGCCAGAGACUGACGAUCGCGAAGCGGAUUCGAGUUGGGAUCGCCAUGUCGAUCGCGGCGAUGGUGGUGGCGGCGAAUGUGGAGAGGAAGAGGAGGGAUUCGGCGGUGAAGAUUGGGGAAUUCGUGUCGCCGGAGAGCUUCGCGAUCUUGAUGCCGCAAUUCGUGCUGCUGGGGAUCACGGAGGCGUUUGCUGCUGUUGCGGUGAUGGAGUUUUUCACAACCAGGAUGCCGGAGAAUAUGAGGACAUUGGCCGGGGCGUUCUUCUUCCUGUGCCUGUCGGCGUCGAAUUAUGUGAAUUCGGCGAUGAUUAAUAUCGUUCGCAAGGCGACGGCCGGCGGCGGGCGGACGCCGUGGCUCGGUGGGCAUGAUUUGAAUAAGAACAGGCUGGAUUAUUACUACUAUAGUCUUGCUGGGUUGGGGGUUCUGAAUUUUGUUUACUUCCAUUUCGUUGCGAGUCGGUACGUUACGGAGAACGACGGCGGCGGCGGUGGAGGGGGGAGAGAGGUGGAGGUGGAGAGCGGAGACGGUGGCGGAGGAGAAUUAGGCGCGGGAAAGAUUGAGUUGUUGAACGUGAAGGCGUAUGAAAGGAAAGGAGGGGCGCAGUUUUCUGGGGAUGCAUGCUAAAUGUUUGUUGAUUGGUGUUUGUGUUAAUAUUUAUUUAUUUAUUUAUUUAUGGAGGUCUGUCAGACGGUAGCUGGUCGUGGUUCUCGUUGUUUUCUGUGGUCUUUUUUGCAUUCAGCUUUAGGGUUUAAGGUAAAUGAGUAAUGAGACUGGACAGUGAAGAAAUGGAGUAACAUGGA